AUGCUUUACUCCAGCGUGGAAUCUGGUUGUCAUUCUCCUCUUUUCUUUUCUUUUAUACUAUAUUUCAAGAACAAUGGUAUCAUCCCCUCUCAGAUCAGAAUCUUUCCUAAGACUCAUCAGAAAGCUAAUCAUGAAGACUUUGCAAGCACGCGCAAAUUGCUAUCAGCCCCUCUCAGAUCAGUGUCUCUUCAAAGAUUUGCAAGUGUAGCAGAUGCAAUUUUGAGGUGCCAUCUUCAGACUGACUGGAACUGUCCACAAAUUAAGGUUUUACCUGCUGUUAGGAAGUACAUAUUCUCAUUGGCCUGCAAAUUAUUCGAUGGCACAAAGAAAGUUGAAAGAUUGUCCAAGUAUAUUGAAGACAUUUCCACUGGUCUGCUCUCUAUGCCUAUACAUCUACCAGGAACAACUUUCAACCGAGCAUCCCAAAAGAUGCGCAAAGAGGUUCAAGAUGUUAUCAAUCAAAGGAAAAGUGAUCUAUCAGAGAAUAAAAUUGCUGCACCAGAAGACAUUUUGUCUCAGAUACUCCAGGCGACAAAUGAGCAAGAACAAUUUUUGAACGAGUCCGAUAUUGCUAGCUACAUUGUAGGCUUACUACAAGGCGGCUAUAGCACGGUUAACGCUGCAAUAACCAUUAUUAUGAAAUAUAUGGCUGAGUAUCCCAAUGUGUACUCUGAGGUCCUUGAAGGUAUGAACUUCACUAAUUCAAGAAACUCUCUUGCUUAG